AGGAAAGAAACCCCUAUAGUAUAUAUAUGAUAUAUAAAUAUAAAUACAAAACAAAGUAUAUUCACAAAAAGAAUAAAAAGAAAAGAAAAGAAAAUCUGUCUCUCUCUCUUUGGCUCUUCUUUCUCUCUCUCUCUUCGGCUCUUCUUUCUCUCUCUUCCAUUCCCAUGGUGAAACCAACGGAAAACGCAGUGUCACCGGAAAGUUUAUCGAACAACACUGCAAAUUCACUGUAAUUGGAGCAGAAAUAGCGUUUAGUACCUGUUUGAAUUCGAACAAUGCCUAUCUCCAGGUACCACAUUCGUAGCGCGCACAGUUUGGCGGAUCCGGAGCUGCACCAUGCCGCCGAUAAGGAUGACUCCGAAGCUCUCCUUGAAGCCGUAGCCAUGAGUGGACUCGUCGGCUUCUUGCGCCAGCUUGGCGACCUCGCUCAAUUUGCUGCUGAGCUGUUCCACGACUUGCAUGAAGAAGUAAUGGCUACGGCUGAAAGAGGCCACAGUCUUAUCUCUCGUGUUCAACAGAUUGAGGCUGAAAUUCCUCCACUUGAGAAAGCAUUUUUGUCACGAACUCAUCAUCCGUCUUUCUUCACAAAUGGAGGGAUUGACUGGUGUCCUAAUCUUCGAUCUGAACAGAAUCUUGUUUCGCGCGGAGAUUUACCUAGAUUUAUAAUGGAUUCAUAUGAAGAAUGCCGUGGUCCACCUAGACUUUUCCUUCUAGACAAGUUUGAUGUCGCUGGUGCUGGAGCAUGUCUGAAGCGUUAUUCUGAUCCAUCAUUCUUUAAAGCAGAGCCUGCUUCAUCUGUAAGUGUAACAGAAACAGUAGAAGCUCACAGGGAAAGGAAAAUUCGUAAAGUCAAGCAAAAGAAAGGGGAAUGGCGGAGGGAUGGUGAGACCCCUGGAGCUGUACUAUCACAUUCAAAACUACAUCAGUUGUUUCUUGAGGAGCGUAUUGAGAAUGCGUGUAGUGAUCCUGCUCGUCUUGUGAAACUGAAAAAAAGACAAUUCGAUGGAUCUGCAGUUGAAGCAAAAUCUGGGAGAAGCUACAUGGAGGAAAUUCUGGAAAUGACCUCACCUGAUCAUCAAAUGGCUUGUGAAACUUCAAUCAAUCCACUGCCUGUGAAAUUGAUGUCAAACGACACUAGUGAAACUGGGAUUGAAAUACUCGAAAUCAAUGGCAUUUCACAUAUGAGAAGGUCUAUUGAAAAUGGAAAAACACAUUCAUCAAAUGAGCAGGAAUUUGAACUUAAUUCAUGCUCAGAAGUAGGCAGGAAAACAAAUGGAUAUCUUGUGAAGGAGCCCGGACAAAUCUCUUCUGGUGGGACAGGUGAAGUGUCUUCUAAGCAUCUCAAGGUACCUGAUGAAACAGAACUAGUGCAUGAUGAUGGACAAAACAAAUCUCUUCUGGUUAAGACAAAUGGAUAUCCUGUGAAGGAGCCCGAACAAAUCUCUUCUGGUGGGAUAGGUGAAGUGUCUUCUAAGCAUCUCAAGGUACCUGAUGAAACAGAACUAGUGGAUGAUGAUGGACAAAACAAAUCUCUUCUAGUGAAGACAAAUGGAUAUCUUGUGAAGGAGCCUGAACAAAUCUCUUCUGGUGGGAUAGGUGAAGUGUCUUCUAAGUAUCUCAAGGUACCUGAUGAAACAGAACUGGUGGAUGAUGAUGGACAAAACAAAUCUCUUCUAGUGAAGACAAAUGGAUAUCUUGUGAAGGAGCCCGAACAAAUCUCUUCUGGUGGGAUAGGUGAAGUGUCUUCUAAGUAUCUCAAGGUACCUGAUGAAACAGAACUAGUGGAUGAUGAUGGACAAAACAAAUCUCUUCUAGUGAAGACAAAUGGAUAUCUUGUGAAGGAGCCCGAACAAAUCUCUUCUGGUGGGAUAGGUGAAGUGUCUUCUAAGUAUCUCAAGGUACCUGAUGAAACAGAGCUAGUGGAUGAUGAUGGACAAAACAAAAGAGAAGGCAGCCUAGACUGCUAUCAUUCUGAUGACGCGGCUAGUGAGGUUGAUGAUUAUAUGGAUGCAUUAGCUACCAUAGACUCCGAGUUGGAAAUAGACAAUGAGUGUGGACCUAAGAAAAGCUCCUUGAAUGUUCAAAAGCUAAUUGAUUCAAAUGGUGAAGAAGAACAUCAGCUGCAAGCUCCGUUUUCAGAUUCUCAAUCAUUUGGAGACUCAUCAUUGUCUGAGGAAAUGAGUUCAUAUGAACAAGAUAGAAGUAAAGAGAAUAAUGAAGUGCAAGCUCAGCUGCCAGACUCUCGGUCAGCAGGAACGCCUUGUGCAUCAGAUGAUGAUAAUAGUUCAUUCAGAAGAGAUAGAACUGAAGAACAUACCCAACUGCAUGCUCAGUUAUCAGAUUUUCAAUCUAUUGGAAAUUCCUCACUAGAAACUGAAAAUAUGCUUUCCAACCAGCUUCCACAAACUGGUGAAUUGAAAAAAAUUUAUGAUGAGUUUGUCACACGUGAUGAUGCACAUGAUCUUGAGGGAGAAAUAUCUGAUUCUGAACCAGUCUCUUCUGGUUCAUGUCCGGUGGAUUCAGGGUGUUUAUUAUUGUCUUCGGAUCAUGGAGCUACAGCUCUAUCAGAUAAAACACCACAUGUUCCUGUUGAAAGACAUUUAAGACUAGAAGAUGAUGAAGACACCAUCUCCCUAAUAAAAGAUAAUAAUCUCCCAGUUGUCUAUUUUGACAACAUUUCUUUGAACAACUUGGAUGUCUGCAAUCCUCAUGUCCAUUCCCAUACUACGUUACAAGUUUCCAAUGAUUUAAAUUUAGCCCAUGAAGGCGAAUGUGGUGAUCAUUCUGACAUCAAAGUAAUGCAGGAAGAAUCUCAUAAUGAGCACUGUUCUGAAAUAUCAACUUUUGGAGACAUUGGUUCACGAGGGGAGAAUUCCAUUUGUCUGCCCAUGGAAUUAGACCUUAAUUUGGGCACUAAAAUGCAGCCUGAUGACUGGGACUUACAAUCCGAUGAUGAUAUUAAAGCAAUGCAACUUGACUCGGAAGAUUUGUUUCCUGUUGUGGAGACUACCGUAGAGAAUAGCUUUGCAGAGGAGCUAUUCUCUGAUUUUAUACACGGAAAUCCACAACAUGAACCAGAUUCGGUAGAAGUUAAAAUUCUUUAUCCUGAUCAGCUAUCAAAUGUUGAAGAGGUACCAAAGAUAAUGUUUGGCAGUGAAAGAAAUGAAUCUACCUGCAGUUUGGAUCAAGUUGAAGAAGAUGAUCUUAUUAAACAUCCACCUUCCCCUAAUUACAUACCGCAGGAUGAUGAUAUCGUGGUAAAUGAUAUGUUCCCUGUAAAAGAUUUGGCUGUAUCUGCUAUCUCUUCUCUUGAUAAUGCUGAAAUUGAUGCAAGUGUCGUUAAUUGUCAAGCUUCAAGUUCUAUUUCUUCCCCAUCAAUAAAUCCUUCAAAUUUGCUUGAAUCUUUCCCAGCUUCUCCAUAUUCCAAUAGGAUGGAAAUGGAAUCCAAUGAGAUAGAGUUAACAAAAAUUUCCUUAGACUUGAAUGCAGAGAAAAGAGAAAAUCAACUGGAACCAUUUUCAGAUAUGACAUCUCCAGUGAGUAGUCUUACAAAUUUGGAAGAAUCUCCUUCUACUUUUGAUGAUUCUCACUGGAAAAAUUUGGAAGUCAGUGAGGAAGUUGCAAGAGAUUCUUUGACAGAGUUUACGUCACAUUUAGUAGUGGAUCAACUGAAAAUUGCUUCUACUGAUGAACUGUUGAGCCUGAACAGAUCAGACUCUUCUAACUCUAGUAUAUGUAAUAAUUUCCAAUGUUCAUUGCAUAAGGAGAAAGACCAAGAUAGUUCUUCUCUCAAUGACAUGAAAAUGGUGACACAAUGUUCGGAGCUAGACUCUCAGGAUUCAGAAUCUACAAUUGUUUGCAAGAAUGAUCUACAGAACAGUAAAGGUAGUUUUUCACCACCUUCCUAUAAUCAAUUGGAGCCUGAAACCCAUUUAGAGUGGACCUUAAAACCACGAGUUGUGCAGCAUGAUGUGGGUUUUCUGCUAAAAAAUGAAGAAAAAUGCACCUCUUCAAAAUUUGAACCUCAUCCGAUGCAGAUAUCAAAUCAGUUGGAGGGAGAGAGAAUAAAUUGUGUUGCUUCUGAGUUUUCUGCUGAAGUCCAUCUAGAGGAAUCUUCAGAUGGUUCCGCAUCAAAGUCAUCUGAUCAGAAGAUUAGCCCAUCAAAACAUUUCACGGAUCCAUUGAAACCUCUCCUUCCUAAUCUUUCUCCCAAGGCAACCAAAAUAAACCUCGAGGAAACGCCGCCUAUGCCCCCUCUACCACCUAUGCAGUGGAUAACGAGCAGGGUUCAAAAUGCUUCCCUAGUUUCAGAGAGAGAAGAAUUAGGUGUAAGUCAAGUAUUAUUUCAACCAGUACAGCAAGUUAAACCUGAUUAUAACUCUCAAUUUGACUUAUCAACUUCUGAAAGAGUAGCCUUGCCAUAUCAGAAUCCUUUUUUGCCUGCUGUGGCUGUGGAGAGUAAUAAAAGCCUACGCUCUUCUGGGUUAUCAGCAGGUAUUUCAGAGCAUCCUGUUGCUAUUCCUUUGCAGCUUCCUGUGAUGGUAAAUGAUGCAAAUGGUCAGCAUAAUUACCAAGUUCUGGAGAGAAGUCAAAUUCACAACCCUUUCUUAGCAUUGCCAAUGCUAUCUUAUGGUUGGCUGCCACAUGGACGUGUCGAAGCUUCAGAGGGAGAAAGCAUUUUGAAAUCAAAUCCAUGCCCACCAAUACAUCUCACUGAAUGUGCUGUUCCUGGGGCUGAUACCAGCAACCAACAAGAAAAAUUGUCUCAGUUCAAGAGUCAGUUAGUGGAAGAUACUAGUAUAGAAGCUAAAAAGGAUAGUCCUGGAGAAUGUGUAUUGAAUUCAAGUUCAUGGCCACCAAUACUGCCUACUGAAUGUGCUGUUCCUGGGGCUGAUACCAUCUUUCAACAAGACAAACAGACCCAGUCUUCUGGUCAAAUUAUGGAAGAUACAUGUUUUGAGGCUAAAAAAGACAGUCCGGGAGAAUUGCACUCAGUGCUACCUGCUGAAUGUCCUGUAUCUGGAGAUGAUCCCCUUUCUUCAAACGAACAACAUUCUGAUUCUCCAAAUGCAUUAAUGGAGGAGACUGUUCUGGAAUUUACAACCGAUGAGGAACCAUCAAUUCAUUUGGAAAGGGAACAAGGUGAUCAUAUAUUCUCACCUAAGCCACCACCACCAAGUAUAGAAAUUGUGCAGCCCAAUCACAGCCUGCUGCCCUCAGAGGGGGAUGUGGCACUGUCUUUGGAUACAUCCGCCCAAUCAUCAGAAUUUGAUGAUCAAAUACCAAAUGGAAAAUCAAAGAAGCUUCCUCCACCUCAGAACCAUUUAUUUGAUGUUGUUGCUGCUCUUGACAAAAGCAGGCUGAGAAAGGUUACUGAUCGUGUUAGGCCCCCAAUAGCACCAAAGGUAGAUGAAAGAGACUCAUUGUUAGAACAGAUUAGAACAAAGUCCUUCAACUUGAGGCCUGCUGUGGUUACGCGACCCAACAUUCAGGGUCCCAAAACGAACUUGAGGGUUGCUGCCAUCUUGGAGAAAGCAAAUUCUAUUCGCCAGGCUUUGGCUGGAAGUGAUGAAGACGAUGAUGCUUGGAGUGAUUGUUGAAUUUACUACAUAAUGAAAAAUACAGAUUUCAGUGCCAGUAGAUGUUUUUCUAUUGUGGGUCUUGCCCGAAAUCAGAUGUAAAAUGUCUUUAUUCUCUAUAUUGAAUAGGAAAUUUACUUUAAUAUACAAGAUUUAUUACUGUGUUCAUAUACGGUACUCUGGACAACAUGUGUCCUCUCCCUGAGUCCUCCUAAUUCUCGUACAGUUUUGUAAUAACGGGAACAAGCACCAUCUGUUGCAUUGAUCCAGAGCAUUUUACCGAGGUGAAACUUGCUUCAGUCAGAUUCAGGCUCAGUGUGUAAGAGAUGUAUCCAUCCAGAUCUACCAAUCUAUUAGAAUUUUCGUAUGAGUAUGAGUAUGUGUAUGUAUAUUUGUGUUGUGGUUGUCAUAAGAAAAUUUGUAAUUCUGUAAUAGCGGUAUACUGAUAAUUGCCUGGUAACACCAUGUAGUUCAUCUGUUUGUCCCAUACAUAGUAUAUAUAUGUAUACAUGUGAGGAAAAUAUUCUCAUUAGUCUUUUUUUCUUCUGUAAUUGUAUAUAGACAGCAUUAGAAAAUUGAAACUUGUUAGAGGAAAUUAUAAAUAUAUACUAUUUGCAAACUCAUUUCUCUUUA